UCAGUUAGCUCUGUGCUUGCUCACAGUCUCGACUCUCGAUAACGUGGGUAUGGGCAAGAGCUAGAAUUUCAUUUCACUUCGUCUCGAUAGAGCGUGUUGUCGUUUCUAUCAGUAAUGCUAAACUUAUUGAACAAUUGACUGUUAAAUAUCAAUGUAGCAACCGGGGGCAUUAAAAGAACUAACCUACAAAAAGUUAAAGUGCGGCUUGAAAAUAUCUACAAUGGAUGCAAUGGUCAAUCAGAAUGGAUUAAAUGGUCUGCGAAAUGGAUUGAAUCAUAACGAUAAUCACAGUGAUGGUUUAGUGGAAAAUGGUGCCCAAGGGAUGAACGAAAUGUACCAUGGCUACAUGUCACCCUCAGCAGUAGAUGAUAGUCCAGAAUUAGACAUCAUCAUUAGCAAUGUCGUUUGUAGUUUUAGUGUUAAAUGCCAUUUAAAUUUACGAGAAAUUGCCCUCAAUGGUUCUAAUGUUGAAUACCGAAGAGAAAAUGGUUUAGUGAGAAUGAAGUUUCGAAAACCCAAAUGUACAGCUUCAAUUCCAUCUUCAGGUAAAAUUACAUGUACAGGAGCCAGUAGUGAAUUAGAAGCAAAAAUAGCUGCACGAAGAUGUGCAAGAGCCCUACAGAAAUUAGGAUUCAACUGUAAAAUUACAAAUUAUAGGAUAGUUAACGUGUUGGGUGUAUGUACAAUGCCAUGGAAUGUAAGAAUCGAAUCUUUUUCUGCGCAACAUAAAGACAUUAUCCAAUAUGAGCCGGAAUUAGCCCCAGGAGCUGUGUAUAAAUUAAAAGACAUAAGAGCAACGGCAAGGAUAUUUGCUACAGGUAAAGUUACGAUUACAGCCCGUAGUAUUGGUGCAGUACAAGCUGCCAUCGAACACGUCUAUCCAUUAUUAUUUGAAUUUCGCAAAGAGAGGUCGUCUGAAGAACAGUUGGAUAUAGACAGAAAAAAACUUAAAGAUGUACAGUCUUACAUGUCAGAAGAUGAAGAAGAUAGUUUACUUAGUGAUAUAAAUUAGUCAUUGCUCAAAUAAUAUUAUGAUAGAUAUUUUGUGUACCCUAACAAAUGUGUCAGAUGAAUUGCUACACUAGAGUUCCACCUACAGAAAACUAACCUUUAGUUUUUAUGAUACAAACAGUGUAGAUGAUAACCCUGUUUCUAUAUGGACUCAUUACAGCUAUAAAUCAAAUUCAAGAUGAAAAAAUAUUGACAUGAAUUGAUUUAAAUUUUACUAGGAUCAAAAGACAACAUUUUUGAUUUUUAGUGAAAUACUUUUGACAACACAUCAUAGUUUGGGAAUUAAUCAACUAUACGAUAACCAGUGGUGGUACUUUAAAUGAUCAAACAAUUUAAAGUUUUUGGAUCAGGAGCGAUUGAACAAAUUAUCUUAUAUCAAAAUUUAUAAAUUAAUACCUUUGGAAUACAAUUAAAGUCUUGUUAACACAUUGUAAAAAUGAUUAUCAAUACCUACUAUUGAUAAAAAGUAUUCUAGGUUUUUAAAAAUAAUUUAAUUAAUAAUUGUGAAAAGUAGUAAAAAGUGAAAUCUUAAAGGCAUUGUAAUUAACGCUCAUAAAAUUAUAAAUUUAAUUUAUUAUAAUUAUCAUGAAUGCAUAUUUGAGGAUAUUACACAAUAUCAAAAGUGAUUUUGAUAAUUUUUCAGUAUAUAUUCAAAAGUAUACAAACUUUGAAAACUAACUCAAUAAGAUAUACCAUUUGGAUAUAGUCAUGAUAAAUGUUUUUUUUAUAACAGUUAAUAAGAUUCUGUGACAACAUUUGCUUUGGGCAAAGGCAAACUAGAAAAUUAUACUAGAAAUAAUUGGUUGAAUAUAGACAACGCAAAUUGAGCUCAAAUUUGAUCAAACAAUUUUGCCAAAUGACUGAGCCGUCAAUGAGUGCAGAUUAGAUUAUAUUUUCCUUUGCAGUCUUUGAAACAAGAAGAUACUGCCAUACCAAAGAGAAUCAGCACUCCGAAGAAAGACUUUAACCGUCAGGAAUAUUAAAAAUAUGCAAUGGCUUCAAAUACAUUAUUGUUGAUCAAAAAAAAAAUUUUGGAGCUUUCUUAUUGACAAUAUAAGUCUUUUUUAAGAUAAAAGAUAGAAUUAUUAUAUAUUUAUUUUGAUAUUUUUUAAGA